AUGCGUACACCUCAUCAUCCACCAAAGUAUGCUUCCUUUUGGGUCCCGUUGUGGUUCAAUAAGCUGGACUUUAAAAACUACUUGAAAAAUGUCUACAAUGUGGACGUUCUCCACAUCCGAAGCUAUGUCCAGCAAUCGAAAGUUGAAAGAGAACAGCGUCCCGGAAGUCGGACUCCAGGAAGACUGUUCCGUCCUCAGGCACGCAAGAGGAUGACAGUGGAGCUUGUGGAUCCGUUCAUCUAUCCCGAGGAAGAGAAAGAUCUGUCCCCAUGGGAGUCGGAGACCUUCAAGAAAGAGCUAAAGCAGAAUCAGGAGCUGUCCAAGGAAGAGUCACGGGCAAUACAGCCUCCGAUGGAGCCGGAUCUUAAAAGGAGAGAGGGUAUUGCCGAGCAGGCGCAGGACUUUCUCCAAGGGAGACAAAGAUGGAGACCGUCGUGGCAGUCGAUACCAACAGAUACCAGAGUCAUGCAGGGGACAUCUCGAUCUCCAGGAAUACGAGGAACCAUUUGA